AUGUCAUCCGCUCUUCCUUAUCUGAAGUCGCUGAAAAAGGGCGAUCUCGUCGAGUUCGCCGAGACAACCGACCUAGAUGGAGCGAAUGGAUACAACAAGAUGGACCUUGCCGUUGCGCUUGAUAACCACCUGCAAGAGAACUCGUCCAUCUUCGGAGGUGUCAAGUCGCUUUCUGAAUACUACUCGCGCUUGGCCUCGCCGCCGCGCCGGGGAUCGCCCGUGAAGCGCGAGUCUAAGCCUCAGACUCCUGGUCCUGCGAAGACUCCUUCGCGUCGCGCAUCCUCCAAGAAGGAAGCCAAGCAAGUCAAAGAAAAGAAGGAAGAUACUAGCGAGGAUGGUGAAGAUAUGACCGCAACCCCGAGUGUGCGCCUGCCUUCGCGCCGGGCAUCGCGCGCUGCGCCCAUCACCGAUUUGCAGAACUCCCUACCUAUGCCUCCUUCUCCCGCCGUCGUGACAGAUGUCAUUGACCGUCAGGCCAACCGAGUUCGUGAGGGACUCGAGGAUGCAUGGAUAUCGAUGGGCGUAUUGGACCGGUGCCAUACUGUGCGCGAGUCUCUGAGCAGCCUCAAAGCCAUUGAGAUUAUGGUUCUGCUGCUCGAAGGGGGAAGUGUUGUGAAGGAACUGGUUCCUAUCCGUUACCUUACCACGACUCCUCCCGUGCAGGCCGCACAGAUUCCCGCCAUUCCCAUCAGAGUUCCUGACCUCUUCGUACUGCUUACUGGAGCUUUCUGGGCGCCUUUCUCUCUCUGGCUCAUCUCCUGCCUUGUUUUGCCUCUGAUGGCCGCCUAUUUCAUCAACCUGAGCUGGCAGGCCUCUACUCCCGUGCGCAAGACUCGUUCCAGUCCCAACCUUGCUCAAUUCGACCCAUUGACCUUCAACAUUGCCAAGGCGCUUCUGGUAUACAUCAUUUUCGGCAACGACUUCAGGUUCUGGGGUAUUUUCAGCACUUUCGCUCUUCGAAAGAUCUCGGCCUCUGUUCCUGGUGGAAUCUUCGGUCUGUACACCGGCACCGCCGUUGGCACAAUUGGCUCUCUCUACGAGGCCAUCCUGCGUCAUUCAUGA